GCGGGGCGCAACUAGCGCUUCCGCCGGGCCAUGGGGCCGCGCUUGCUGCCGCCGCGGCUCCUGCUGCUGUCGGCGCUCUUGCUGCCGCCACUGCUGUGCGGAGCCGAGGACACGCCCCCGUCACCACAGGCCACGUUGCCGCCGCCGCCCGUCGUGACGAACGGGAGCCAGCCGGCUGCACCGCACAACAACACACAUCCGCGGCCGCCGGGCUCGCCGGGCUCGCCACUGCUGCGCUCUCUCUACGUGGUUACGGGCCUCAUCGUUCUGGCCGCGCUCUACUUCCUCAUCCGGGCAUUCAGAUUGAAAAAGCCACAGAGGAGGAGAUAUGGGCUCCUGGCCAACACCGAGGACCCCACCGAGAUGACCUCGAUGGACAGUGAUGAGGAGACGGUCUUUGAGACAAGAAACCUGAGAUGAUGUUUGGUUCGGGAAGGCAGCAUUUCCAGUGGCCCUGGGGGAAGGAUGAAAGGCAGGGGCCCUCCCAGUGCUUGGAACACCCUGCCUGGACCAGAGAGUGUGUGUGGGGCCCUCCCAGCCCACUGGAAGCCAACUCAGCCCUCUCUGCAGACAGGACUGCCCAGGUUACCAGGUGGAAGCCAGAGGGGCACCUGUAGCCCCACACAGGACUCUGAGGCCCCUGGCCAUGAUGUGACUUAUAUCAGUCGCCCUCACUGGUGGGAAUGCAGCAGCCCCAGGCUGAGGCCUAGAAGGCGGGCAGGCUGGGUGUCCUGUCUGGGAGCACCAUUCCUCUGGGGCGGGGACAAUAAAGGCAGCAGUGCUUUUGUA